GGAGAAACUCAUUCGCCUUCAGCAUGAGAACAAGAUGUUAAAGUUGAACCAAGAAGGUUCUGACAAUGAAAAGAUCGCCUUGUUGCAGAGCCUUCUUGAUGAUGCAAACUUACGGAAGAAUGAACUGGAGACAGAAAACAGAUUGGUAAAUCAGAGACUUCUAGAAGUGCAGUCCCAGGUUGAAGAACUACAAAAAUCUUUGCAGGAUCAAGGUUCAAAAGCUGAAGAUUCAAUUCUUCUGAAAAAGAAACUUGAAGAACAUCUUGAGAAGCUCCAUGAAGCUAACAAUGAGCUACAGAAGAAACGAGCUAUUAUUGAGGAUUUGGAACCAAGAUGCAAUAACAGUUCACUCAAAAUUGAAGAAUUGCAAGAAGCUUUACGGAAAAAGGAGGAGGAAAUGAAGCAAAUGGAAGAGCGAUACAAAAAGUAUUUGGAAAAGGCCAAAAGUGUCAUCCGCACCUUAGAUCCUAAGCAGAACCAAGGUGCAGCUCCUGAGAUUCAGGCUUUGAAAAAUCAGUUGCAGGAGCGGGACAGAAUGUUUCAUUCAUUGGAGAAAGAAUAUGAAAAAACAAAAAGUCAAAGAGAAAUGGAGGAGAAAUUUAUUGUUAGUGCCUGGUACAAUAUGGGAAUGACUCUGCAUAAAAAAGCAGCAGAAGAUAGACUGGCUAGUACAGGCUCAGGACAGUCCUUCCUGGCUAGACAAAGGCAAGCCACGAGCACAAGGAGAUCUUACCCUGGUCAUGUCCAGCCAGCAACAGCAAGGUAGAGAAGCCUUGCCCUUAGAAAGAAAACUGCUUUGUGAUCCAGGCCACUUCUGUUGCAAGUGACAACAUUCAAGGAAAAUCAACCAGC